AUGGCUUGGUAAAUAAAAAAUAAAAAAAAUAUAACAAGAAAAAGUUGCAGCUUCUCAAUUUUUAAAGUUAAAGACUAAGAAGAGGCUGUUUUUAAGGGGGUUUCUAUGAGUUUUUCUUAUAGAUAUGCACUGAGAGAAAUUGUAGAGAGGUUAUAAAUUGUAUCUCUUAAUUUUAAACAUUUUAUUUUAAAUUAUUUCCCUCUUUUUUCUUUAUUUUUUUUUCCAAUGUAUGCUUCAUGUUGCUCAAGUUGAAGUCGUUUCGCUUGGCGGCUUCUGCUUUGUUGAGCCUGCUACUUGCUGCUCUCCAUUCUCUCCGCUGCUCUCCACUCUCCACUCUCUACAGUGUGCUACAAUUAAGUUUUACUUUAUGUUUAUGGCCUCCGUUGUUCGCUGGCUUUUUCUCAGCCAGUUGCCAGUUGCUGGUUGGAAAAAAAUCAGUUGGCUUUUAAACAUUUGCUGAAACAGUUCGCGUCGCGCUCAAAAUUUCAUCUUUAAAUAAAAAUAUAAAGAAAUAAUAUCAGAAAAAAUAUGAUUAAUAUUUCAUUAUAGUUUUUGUGGUUUUUGAAUAAAAAAUUAAAACCAAAACAUUUUAAUGUUUAAAACAGAAAAGAAAAUCAAUUAUAGUUUGUGGCUUGUCUCUUGGAAAAUGUUUUCAAAAUGGCGUCUUCUGCCAUUGCGUGAAAGCCAAGAAGAAGAUAGAGCAUAAACAUUAAAAAAAAAAACAUAAUAAUUAAAAAAUAUUAAAGUAAAAAAAUAAAUGAAAUAAAAAUAAAAUCACAGGAAGCUCAUUUGUUGUAUUAUUUUGUUGAGGGCCGCUUUAACGGUAAAAGCCGCUCAGCAUCUCUGAAUGGGGAACGGCUUAAAGGUCAACAGUAAGCAGCAACAACAACAAUAAUAUACAACAACAAUAUCUACAACAAUAGCUACAACAACAGCUAAACAACAAACUGCAAAUUGCAAAAAGGAAGCAACCGCGAAACCAGUUUUCCAACAACCUGAAACUGUAGUUCAAAGAAUUGCAAAUCAAAAAAAACAUAAAAAAAUUGCAAAAAAAAUAAAGCAAAAAAAAUUAAGAGAAAAAAAAACUAAACAAGCGAUUUAUGUGAAAGUGAAUUGACACAAUUACUGCAAGAUAUAUCGAAGCUGAAGAGUGGCCUUAUUUUGUUGAGUGGAAUCGGCAGAGUCUUCACAAAACUGAAGACUCGCUGAAGCAACUAUGAUGCUUCUAUCGGCACUGAAGCUGGGCAACGGCAGUUCUCCAGCCCAGAAUUCAACGCGCAGCAUCAGCCCCAACAGCUCCACCACCAACAGCCAGUUCAGCCUGCAGCACAACAGCUCGGGGAGUCUCGGCGGCGGAGUGGGCGGUGGAGUGGGUGGCGGCGGCGGCAGCCUUGGCCUAGGCGGCGGAGGAGGUGGUGGCGGCAAUUGCACGCCCACAUCGCUACAGCCUCAGUCUUCGCUGACAACUUUCAAGCAAUCCCCGACUUUAUUGAACGGCAACGGAAAUCUAUUGGAUGCCAAUAUGCCUGGCGGUAUACCCACCCCUGGAACUCCAAAUUCCAAAUCAAAGGACAAUUCACAUUUUGUGAAAUUGGUAGUGGCGCUCUAUCCAUUCAAGGCCAUUGAAGGCGGCGAUUUAUCUUUGGAAAAGAACGCCGAGUAUGAGGUAAUUGAUGAUUCUCAAGAGCAUUGGUGGAAAGUCAAAGAUGCCUUGGGCAAUGUGGGCUAUAUUCCCAGCAACUAUGUCAAGCCAAAAGCACUGCUGGGUCUUGAGCGCUACGAAUGGUAUGUGGGUGAUAUGUCGCGACAAAGAGCCGAGUCCCUGCUGAAGCAGGGCGACAAAGAGGGCUGCUUUGUGGUGCGCAAGUCAUCGACCAAGGGUCUCUACACACUCUCACUGCAUACCAAAGUUCCACAAUCGCAUGUUAAACACUAUCACAUUAAGCAGAAUGCCCGCUGCGAGUAUUAUUUGAGCGAGAAGCACUGCUGCGAAACUAUCCCGGAUCUGAUCAACUACCAUCGCCACAAUUCCGGAGGACUGGCCUGCCGAUUGAAGUCCUCGCCCUGCGACCGUCCAGUGCCACCAACAGCUGGACUAUCGCACGACAAAUGGGAGAUCCAUCCCAUGGAGCUGAUGCUGAUGGAGGAACUGGGAUCUGGGCAGUUCGGUGUGGUGCGCCGCGGCAAGUGGCGUGGAUCGAUAGACACCGCCGUCAAAAUGAUGAAGGAGGGCACCAUGUCCGAGGACGACUUCAUCGAGGAGGCCAAGGUGAUGACCAAGCUGCAGCAUCCCAAUCUUGUGCAGCUGUAUGGUGUGUGCUCCAAGCACCGACCCAUUUACAUUGUCACCGAAUACAUGAAGCAUGGCUCCUUGUUGAACUACUUGCGCCGGCACGAGAAGACCCUAAUUGGCAACAUGGGUCUGCUGCUGGACAUGUGCAUACAGGUGAGCAAGGGCAUGACCUACCUGGAGCGCCACAACUACAUCCAUCGGGAUCUGGCUGCCCGCAACUGUCUCGUUGGCUCCGAGAAUGUGGUCAAGGUGGCUGACUUUGGCUUGGCCCGCUACGUCCUCGAUGAUCAGUACACCAGCUCCGGCGGCACCAAGUUCCCCAUCAAGUGGGCACCGCCCGAGGUCCUCAACUAUACGCGCUUCUCCUCCAAGAGCGAUGUCUGGGCUUACGGAGUCCUUAUGUGGGAGAUCUUCACCUGUGGCAAGAUGCCAUACGGUCGCCUAAAGAACACCGAGGUUGUGGAGCGUGUUCAGCGCGGAAUAAUUCUAGAGAAACCAAAGUCGUGUGCCAAGGAGAUUUAUGAUGUCAUGAAGUUGUGCUGGUCACAUGGACCCGAGGAGCGUCCUGCUUUCCGCGUUCUCAUGGACCAACUGGCUCUUGUGGCCCAGACGCUAACAGACUAAGAAGCAGCUCCCAACACGCACUGAAGCAUCAUAAAAAAUAUUGAAGAAAUUUAUUCGUAUUUAAAAAAAAAAACAAAAAAGAAUGAAAACAUAACAAGGCAUUAAAAUUAGAGUUAAAGUCGGCGGAGAGAAGAAAUAUAAUAUAUAUAUAUAUAAAUAUAUAUAGAUUUAUGCAUACAUGUAUAUGGAAGAUUAAGAAUUAAUUAAGCAAAAGCCAGAUUCAUACUUGGAUUAUUUGAUAGAGCCAGAGCUGACGAAUGAUAUCAUUAUGUUUAUAAAAGCGUUAACUGUUAGUCGGUAGUCGGAAGACCCAGAGCGCAACUACUGACAGUCACUUAUAGCAACUACAAUUAAAAUACAUAAAUAUAUAUAGAUAUAUAUAUGAGAAGAGAAAAAAAAAGGAUUAAAGUAUAGUAAACUGUAGUUAAUAGUCCAAUUUUUGAUACAUUUCACAUACCGAAAGCGAACGGAAAAAUUAUGAUUGUGCUUUUAUAAAAUAGCGAUGGCCAAUGUGCUAAGUAAAGUAUAUGAUUAUCUCUAAAGAACGAUGAGAAGAUGGAAACAAAAACUGAGAAAACUGAUUAAGCAUUAAAAAUUAUAAUGUAAGCCUCAAGUCGAAAGCGAAAUGUUUGCACAACUGAUAUAUAAUCGAUGAUUUAAAUGGAACCGAAGUUGAUGAUGUUUUGAAUGAGAGAACACCAACAAUUUUUUAGAAUAGAUUUUUACGUGCUUAGCCUAAGUUUUGUGAUUUAUUGUUUAAUUCUUGCAGACGAUUCUUAUUAUUUGUAUUUAAUUUUGAUCUUGCGAUGACUUCUCCCACGCUCAAACGUAUGAAACGAGUACGAUUUAAAAAAAAAAUAUAUAUAUAUGAGACAUUUAUACCAUAUGCUUUAUAUUUUAAUUGAAUUUUUUCGUUUUUUUAUCGACAUCGAUAUGCAUAUAUUUUACCGUAUUUUUAUGAAGAGUUUUACUUAAUUAAUUUUACCAUUUUGCAUGUAAGACUAUAAAAGAAGAAAACAAAAAACAUACAAAAAAUCAAAUAAAAUGUACGAUAAACAUUUAA